AAAGCCAGUGCAGAGCCUCUCUCCCUCACACACUUCUCCUGACACCUUCUCCUUCUGCUCCUCUCUCUUCCAGGCACCCUCCACACCACACCCAUGGCCUGCAACAGCCUCUGCCGUCCCUGCGGACCCACCCCGCUGGCCAACAGCUGCAACGAGCCCUGUGCCCUGCAAUGCCAGGAUUCCCACGUCAUCAUCAACCCUUCCCCUGUGCUGGUCACCCUGCCAGGACCCAUCAUGACCUCCUUCCCCCAGAGCACCGCUGUCGGAUCCACCUCCUCCGCUGCCGUGGGCACUGAGCUCAGUGUGCAGGGACAGCCCAUCUCUGGUGGAUUUGGUGGCUUUGGCGGCUUUGGUGGCUUUGGCUACGGCCUUGGCUAUGGCCGUGGGUAUGGCUAUGGGCUGGGCUAUGGCUGUGGGUAUGGCUACGGCCUGGGAGGCCUGGGCUGCUAUGGCAGAAGGGGCUAUGGCUACAACUGCUAA